AUUGACUCAGUAGGUAUGCAUCUGUGGAGACAGAAUUGUAUCGAUGGUGGAGGCUUGGAUUGGGACCACCACCAGCAUGUCAGCAGUGUUAUGUGCUCAGCAAAGAGUAUAGAAAUUAGCAGAGUACGGAAAGACAUGUACAAUGACACAUUAAAUGGCAGUGCAGAGAAGAGGAGUGCGGAAUUGCCUGAUGCUGUGGGACCUAUUGUUCAGUUACAAGAGAAACUUUAUGUGCCUGUAAAAGAAUACCCAGAUUUUAAUUUUGUUGGGAGAAUCCUUGGACCUAGAGGACUUACAGCUAAACAGCUUGAAGCAGAAACGGGAUGUAAAAUUAUGGUCCGGGGCAAAGGCUCAAUGAGGGAUAAAAAGAAGGAGGAGCAAAAUAGAGGCAAGCCCAAUUGGGAGCACCUCAACGAAGACUUGCACGUCCUGAUUACUGUGGAAGACGCUCAGAACAGAGCAGAGAUCAAACUGAAGAGAGCCGUUGAGGAAGUGAAGAAGUUACUGGUCCCCGCGGCAGAGGGAGAAGACAGCCUGAAGAAGAUGCAGCUGAUGGAGCUUGCGAUUCUGAAUGGCACCUACAGAGAUGCCAACAUUAAAUCACCAGCCCUUGCCUUUUCUCUUGCAGCAACAGCCCAGGCUGCUCCAAGGAUUAUUACUGGGCCUGCGCCUGUUCUCCCACCAGCUGCCCUGCGCACCCCGACGCCAGCUGGCCCUACCAUAAUGCCUUUGAUCAGACAAAUACAGACCGCGGUCAUGCCAAAUGGAACUCCUCACCCCACUGCUGCAAUAGUUCCUCCGGGGCCUGAAGCUGGUUUAAUCUACACACCCUACGAAUACCCCUACACGUUGGCACCAGCUACGUCAAUCCUUGAGUACCCUAUUGAACCUAGCGGCGUAUUAGAGUGGAUUGAAAUGCCAGUCAUGCCUGAUAUUUCAGCCCAUUGACUUGCGGACGAAGGACUAGAGCGCAGCAGCUGUUGUAACACGACCAGUCACUGUGGAGCAGGCUGCUUCCAUGCUGCCCUUUGUGUUACAGACAGAAUCUGAAUCCUCUUUCCUUGAAUGGUGUAUGACCUUGGUGCUGCUUGCAUGCUCUUGACUUGUAGGACUUUGAUCUUUUAAGGUGUUUUUUUCCAGCAUUCAUAUUGACUCACAAAAUUUGAAAGCCUUUAAUGAACCCGGACAAAGAUUUAAACUUGAAAAUUCAUUGUUCUAUUAAAGCCACAACAUUGUAUGUUAUCUGUGUGUGUGCAUGCACUCAAGUGCCUUCUGUUUCAUGAGCAGAUACAUUUUAUUGUACAUGUCUUCGGUUAUCUCUAAACAUUGUAUAAAGUAUUCCAGGUCAGAAUUAUACCAUAGAACUGUUUAUGAAAGGCUUGUUUCUGUUGCACAUUUCUUGAAGCAUUUUUAAAAUAACAUGUAACAUAUAACCUGUUUACGUCUUCUGUUCUGUUAACGCUCUGUCCUGCGGCCCCAUGCCUGCUCCUUCCCCAGAGCUCCUCUCUGCUGCACGCACAGCGUCUGUUGGAGGAGUUGGACUGUUGCUUCCUGCAAGGCUGGCGCUCUCAGCCACCAGCUGCUGCUCCAGCUCCGAGCAGGGUCUCACUGAGCUUGCCUCGAGGCAUUAGACUCGUAGUGAUCACUUACCUGAAAUGUCAAGGGAUGAUGGACCAGUUUACUGCUUAGAAACAACAAGGGGCACUGCAGAGUGUUUCUCAUUGUAAAGCAAUGUAUUUUUGGUUGUGCUGGGAAAUUUUUAUUUGUAAUACUUAAUUCUUAGACUGACAAAAGCAGAACAUACCGAUACCUAAUUGGCAAUCAUAAGAUGAAUAAUAAUGAGUACUAAAUGAGAAAAAUCCAUUAUGAUCGAUUUUAUUUCUCGCUUUGCCACCUAAGCAGUAAAACAUGAUAAUGAUUGACCAUUGGAGAAUUGAGAAAAUUACUUCAAAUUGCUGUUAUAGUAAAUUUGCACACAGAUAACAUGCAUGCUCUAUAUCAAGUCUCACAUCAUACUAUUUUAAAAUAAGCAGUGCCCUUCAAAACAGAUGCAGACAUGUGUGUUGGUGGUAGUGAGGAGAUUGGUAAUAGCAUCAAAUCUUCAUUGGUGACUAAUUUUUAAUUCCCUUCCUUUUAUCUUCAGGUAUGGCUUUCCCAACGAAAGGCUAAGAAUUCAAGAACGGUCUUAACUGAACCCUCAUCAGAUCUGAAUUUAACAAAUGCUUAGUCUCAGCAGCCGGGGGGAGGGAAGCUUAGCCUAGCAGUCAGUGACUUACUUGCACUUUUGCACACUGAUAGAAAGCAAACGUAUGCUAUUAAUUUGGUUUAGUCUAUAAUCUUACAAAAUAACGGUAAUUUAUAAAGGAGUGUAUAGUAGUAUACUGACUGCUAAGUGUACUAUACUGUUUGCUUUACUAAUCACCUAAUUCAUUGCAGUUCAUACUUAUUGACUCAAAGUUUAAAACCACAAUCUGUAGGCUUUAAGAAUUGCUUAUAAACCUUUUUAAGUGAUAAACUCUGGAAGCGGUCUUAAGGUUAGCAAGUAAUUGUCAGUAUUAAACAUGGCAUUAUUUUUCAUCCUGCUGCAAGAAAGGCACUUCAGUGAAUAUGUGACUAGUAAAGCUUCAAGGUUGGAACUAGUGGAGUUCAUGAAGUACUGUGACUUGGGAUUGUAAAUGAAUGGAUGACAUAGGUUAAGGCCAAGAUGUUUGAAGUGAAUGCAAUAUUAAUAGGCGCAUAUAUACGCAACAUAUUAUGGUUAAUUUUAAAACUACUGUGCCUUAACGUGUUUCUUAAAACGAAAUUUUUGUAGUAAAUGAACAUUUGAAAUCCAUUUUGAUAAACCUGCUGUUAAUGUUUGUUUUCUUUUCCCUUGUGAAUGUUUUCUAACUUUGUCUUGGUGAUUGCAAUUUAACUAGGUGCGGUGGCUACUAAAGUUCGAAGGCACGAUAUGCGUGUCCAUCCUUACCAAAGGAUUGUGACCGCAGACCGAGGUUAGUUUAGUUCUGCAGUUCUUGUCUAUGAGAAAUGCGUGGGGUGUCCAUACCAUUUGCAACACCACACCUGAUGGGGAAAUGUGUACCUGCUUACUGCACAGCGUUUCCUUUCCUCUUCUAAAUUAAUUUAUGAUCAUCGACAGAUUGAAGGGUUGGGUUUUUUGUUUUUUUUUUCUCCCUUGAUGUUUUAACUUAUUGAAUUCUAUUAGUAUGUACUAUGAUUUAUUCUUACUACAACAUAAAUUAGUCCAUUUGGGGAGCUAUUAAAUUUUGUUUUCAUCUUAACUAUUUUCAGUAAAAAUUUUUGCUAAAAGUUACCUUUUAAUUAUUUUGAAAUUUUGGGUUGGUUUUGCAAAAUGAACAGAGCGGAUGGUGCUUUAAUGAGAGAAGUAAAGGAAUAUAUGCCUCCUGUGUUCUUUUGGAGAAAACUGAAGAUUUAGUUUCCCAUUUUCCUUUUUAAUAAGAUAUUUGAGCCACUGUAUAAACAUGAGGUUAAACAUGUCAAGUACUCAGCUGAACUCAGCAAAGUAAGGACUGUGAAGCUAACUUUGAUGCAGUUGGAUCUUUUAUAAGUCAGAAAAUCAGUUCCCUUUUCUUCUUAUGUUUUAUUCCAAAAUGGAUCCUUUGAUUUUUGUCAUUUGCUGCUAAAAUAUAUUAUCUAAACGUAAACUAUCUCUUGAAGUUCUGUGGUGGCAUGAACCCAGCUGUUUGAAUACUUUCUUUGACUAACCUGUGACUGGAAAAUAAGUCUUCAUUUUUCUCCUUUUCAACAUUUGUAAUUUGUGUCCUGUAUAUGCCCUUGGACCCUUUUAUAAAUUAUUUAUUUUUAUUGAGGAGUGAUAUUUUCGGUUUAUUGACAUUGAAUUAUUUUUCUGAGCUUGAAAUCACAAAGCAAGAAAUCUGAAGCAAGGUAGAAGAGGACUUUUACAAGCUUUAUUUAUGGCACAUUUAUUACCUACUGAUGAAGUUGCUCUAACUAUCGGAUACUGGUGGGGAAAAGUAAUGGAUUACACUCCAAUUCUACAUCUUAGAUGAACUUGUGAGAGGCCUGCCUGCUUCGCAUGGUUAUCUUGUAUACGGAUGAUAAGUAUUGGACACAGCUGUUGUCCUCAUCAGAAUAAAAUACCUUUCCAAAGAUAUCGACCAUCUGUGUUUAGCAUCAUAUAUGAUUAAAGAGCCUUGAAGACUUUUAACUAAUACGUUACUUGUAGUGAUUGUUUAAUGAACAAAGUAAAUAGGCCCCCAAGCUCAGUGAUCCUCUGUGAAGACCACACCCCUGUGAGUGUGGCAUGUACAAGUGUGUCCUGCUGGCACCAGAGCAAGUCCCUUAGUGAAGGAGGACAUUUUCAAAAAGCAAAAAUACCAUUUAGAUUUAAAGAAUCCAGAUAAUUCCAUGAGUAAUUUGAAGCUUUUCCCCAUAGUUAUUGCCUGAAAUAGUUAUGAGUAUUUUAAAGUAGUUUGUCUUUUGUUAACCUUUUAUUCCCCUUUGAGAUUUUCAUAAUUUUGUUUUAACAUAAUAAUUAUUGGCCUACUCAAUACUCCAGUACCUUAAGAUAGUUGAAAAUAUUAGGAAGAUUCUAUUGUAUUUCAAAACAAGAACACAUUCCAUGCAUGGCUCUUUUGUAGUUAUAAGUGUUUUGAUUAGUCUUGUCACUGUUUUUAUUCAAAAUGCAAUGUCAGCAAACCGAAAUGCUACCUUUUCUCCCUCUUUCUAAAUAACAGAAUACUCUGUAUACUCUUGUACUGUCACUGUAUGCACUCGGGUCUGAGGGAGAUGUCUGGAGUCCUUCAUUUAAAUUAUUUUAUGAUACUACUGUUUUCUCUAUUUUUGAGGUUUUUUUUUAUUAUUCUUUUAAUCUUUUGAAGGAAAGAUUAAUAUGUGUUCACUUAAUACAAGGAAAUUCAGCCCUUGGACCUGUAACCAUGUAAUUCUAUAUGAGCAUUUAGAGUAUGGCAUGGUUGACAAAUACCUAGUUCUUUACUAAAAAUAAGCCCACCUCUACACAUUUCAGAACUGAAUUCGAAGCCUAUAAAAGACCAACUGAUGUUUUAGUUGAAAUGAACCAUAAGUGAUUUUGCACAGUUGACACACCUGUGUGUACUGUCGAGGCCAGGACUGGGCAGAGGAUGUACUGGAGGUGUACUGGUUACAGAAAUGGUGCUGUGCUUUGUCUAUGGAUUCCACAUUCAAAAUACAUGAGGGUUUUUCUGAAUAAUAAUUUUACAAAAUCCAUUAUUUACACAAUUUCUAUAAGAAACAAUACAAUUUUAAACAAAAAUUUAGUUAAUAUAAAAAUGCUUUAAGAUUCUGUAUUUCUGGAAUACCUAUGGAAUCGUAGGAUUACAUGUGAAAUAUUUAUUUUCUUCUUUGAUUAUGAAAUAGCCGCUUUUAUUUUAAAUAAAAUUCUAUUUUUAAGCAGUUCAAGGAAGAUUUGGUCACACUGAAGACACUAUUUUUGUAGUAUUUAUAAACUAUCCUACAAUGAUAGACCAUAGAAAGCACUUUUGUUACAUGAGGGUAAACCAGUCGAUUACGUAGAUCAUUUAACUCUGUGAAGCCGAGACCUUACUGGGUUUUGAUUUACGAAGUGGCACAGACUCUACCUUUGCACUGAAGUAUUUUGUAUCUCCUCUGCCAUAGUCACAGUGGCAACAGUACAGAAAUUUCUAUCAAACCUCAGAAUAUAGUAGAAAUAACUAAGCUGUUGAAUGAGUCUUAAAAAUCAUACUACUGUUAAGUGGACCAAGUUUGGUGAAGCAGAGUGUGACAGAGGUUGACUAAGGAAGGAACAACUCAAGGACAUUGGGGACGAUAACUUUUCCACUUGAGAACUACUUUAUGUUUUACUGUAAUUUUUAAAAAAAAUUUUUGUUCUGUUUGUUAUUUUGCAGAAGAAAAUAGUAUUUACAGGUGGCUUCUUUUAAAAUAUAUAAAGCAGGAAUGUAUAUGAAAUGUCAGAUUUUAUUGUAUUUGCAGAGAAUUAGCUUUGAAAUCGAGUAAAGAAAGCUGUAGUUUUAAAAUGCCUUAUUGGUAUCAAUUAGAAAUUUCUUCUAUUUUUUGAUGUACUUAGAGCUUUUUGAGUAUAGAAUUUUAAAUGGCAGGAUUUUACAGUGUUUACAUGCAAGUGCAUUUUAUAAGUGUCCUAUAUGUGUAAAAUAGUAUUUCCAACUGGAAAGUGUUGGCUAGCACAGAAGGCCUGGCCUUUUCCUGGUUCCCAUGAUGUUGCCUACACUGCUACACUCCAGUUUAGUACUGCUUUGUAUCAUGAGGCCAAGAAAUUCCAUGUUGUUUGUAAAUAGAACAUUGAAAAAGCAAUAAACAUUUAUUGAACAAAAGAAA